AUGUCGGACGAGUUCCCGCUUUUGCCUGACUUGGGACUGUAUGCUGCUGAUAUCAAGGGCGACGGCAAUUGUCUCUUCAACGCGUUGUCCGACCAAAUCUACGGCGACCAGACCCGUCACCUCGACAUACGCGCUCGUGUGAUCGAAUUUAUGCGAGAACAUGCCGAUUACUACAAGGGAUUUCUCGACGUACAGCCCGGCGGCGGCACGCGACGCAACCCAAAGCGAAAGAAUGCCGGCGCCUACUCAUCGCCCAGCACCUACAAGGCUCCCACGCCCGAGGAGAUCGAUAGGGCCUUCGAGCAGCACAUACAGCGCAUGGCCAAGGGUGGCACGUGGGGCGACAACAUGGAGAUUGUGGCCUUUGCUGCCGCCUUCAACACAGACGUGCGGAUCUACAUGUCCGACUUUACAUACAUGGUGCCUGGCCAAGGCGACGAGAGCUCGCGAGGCAUAGCACACAUCGCGUACCACGAAUGGGAACACUACUCUUCGAUACGGAACAUCGAUGGCCCGCACACUGGUCUCCCUCACGUGCAGUGGAAGAAGAUUGAUCCAGAGCAGGAAAGCAGAUUGAAUCAACGCGCGGCGUCACACGCCAAGGAGAAGUCUUAUGUCGAGCCGUGGAAGAUUAAGAUCGUUAUGAGCUCGCUGCCCUUCCUCACCGACUCUCAGACCAUAAAGCACACCCUGGAGAAAUGCAGAGGCAACGUCAAUGAUGCUGUGUCGAUGCUGAUCGAGGCCGACGAGGCAGGCAGCAUUUCGUCAACGCAAGAGAGCUCCAGCGUAGAGCGUGAUUACGACAGCGAUGACGAACAGAUAUGGGGCCCUAACAAGCGUGCAAACCGAAGUCGGUUGUCGCGGGUUGCUCGGAACCUGAUGAAAGAUUCGCAUCGACAGAGGGCGGAGAUGGCCGCAAAGCUCGCCCGGAAUGACGGCUCGCAAGAGUCCGUCAGCAAGGCCGUAGCAGACCUUGAAAUACCGGACAGCAAGGACAAUUCGCCCGCGCCGUUCGACGAGGAGGAUGAAUGGGUGCCAUCUAGCAGCGAUGUUCCGCAGGACGUCUCUUCAGCCGCUCAACAAGGCCCAGCGCGGUUGAAAAUCAACGUCACGAACUCCAAGGUUGGCAAGACACAGGUACGGAACCAAGGUCCCCGUCCAAGGGCGAACAUGACGGCCCGCGACCGCAAGGAGGCCCGCAAACGCCAGCAGAAGGAGGAUCGAAAAAAACGCGCCCAGCAGGACAGCAAGACAGCAUCUGCUGGCCAGGAUCAGCUUCCUAUCCUCACAAAGGGUGACGGUGCAACCGGCUCGUCUACCCCCAGUCAUGUCGACGGCCCCAUGAAAACGCUGUACAUUUAA